AUGGCGGCGGCGGGGCGGCGCGAAGCCCCCCUGGGGCCGCUGCCGGGCUUCCUUCUCCUGCUGCUGCUGCUGCCCCCUUGCUGGUGUCUUCCGGGGCCGACGGCCGCUUUGCCCCAGGCCGUGAGCCAGAAGUUUAUCUUGAAAACUAAGUUGAAAGGACUCCAUAGGUCCUUGAAAGAGGAAUCUGGGGCACUUUUCUUUCCUUCACAGCUCUUUCUUCUCUUUACCAUCUUGCAGGAAAGCAUCAAGAUUAACAUUACUAUGUCCCAGAGCAAUGGGGACCAACAGGAAGGACAGGUUGUCCUUAAUAUCACCUAUGUUAACAGCCAAGUGUAUGUAAAUGACAUUCCGCUAAAGAGUGGGGUUACCAGGAUAACGUGCCAGACUUUAAUACUGGAGAGUGGGAAUGCCGACAGCCUACUGAAUCAGAAGCGAUUAGGAAUUGUUAGUGUUCGCAUUAUGAUCCAUGAGUGGCCAUUGGCAUCCAGUUCCAACUUGCAGUUGAUUGUCAUUCAGGAAGAAGUGACAGAAAUUGAUGGAAAGCAGGUUCAGCAAGAGGAAGUGACUGAAAUUGACAUAUUAGUGAAGGAUUUAAGAGUGCUUAGGCACUCAAAUUAUACAGUUCCUUUGAAGGAAAGCAUGCUGUAUUCCAUCCCUAGGGACAAUGAUGUCUUAUUCACACUUCCUAACAUUGCAAGAAAAGAUGUUGAAAGUCCACUGCAAACAACUAGUCACUAUCUUCUCAGGCAAGUAGAAACCACAGUAGAUGAAGAGACAUUGCCUGGCAAAUUACCAGAAACUCCUCUCAGAACAGAUCCUACAUCAUCUUACAAGGUGAUGUGUCAGUGGGUGGAGGACUUGAGAAAAGAGCUUUGCAAGUUCUGGCUUCGGUCAUUUCCUGUAUUCUUUAAUUUGAUGGAGGUCAUUGUGGUUGGAGUUAUAGGAGCAGCUUUAAUAAUAAAAGCCUUAAAAGUGCUUUGCCCAUGUGAGCCCAAGGGAGUCCUCCAUCUUGAUUUCAACGUUAUACCUGUGGUUGCAAUCAGCUUGGUUCCAGACAUGCCAGAGAAAAAAGACAGUACAGAGGAAAAAUGUAUUUAA